GAAUUCGUGCGUCACACAUGGAAGCCGAUAUUUUCAUCGUUAUGAACUGAUGUGGGUUUACAAAUUUGGAAAACUACUGGGCUUCGAAAAAAGAGGCCUGCAUAUUUUGUCGUGUACGGUACUAAUCUUUGUCACUAUUGUUCAAAUUUCUCAAAAUUGCUUGCUCAUUUCAAGCGCGGUAUUUCGCUAAUACCCUAGCAUCGAUGGGGUUGUUAAAAAUGGCUUUUUUCAGAGAAAUUUAAGAAAUUAUUGGUAACCGUUGCGUGUCUUCCGGCUGGUAUACAGGAUGUUUAUUCGUGUUAAUUUAAUUGCUAAGGAAAUGUUUUGUUUUCAAGAAUGUUAAUUGGAUAUUUUAACCAUCAUUCCUUAUAUGAAUUAAGAUUACCACGUGACGUUCCGCCAUCUUGGUCGAAGCCUCAAAGGUAAACAGAGAAGAAUUAAGCGGGGUGAGCGGGUCAUAUAUCCGGAGUGACUCUAGCGUUUGGCUUUGAUGACGAAUAGAAAACUCUUCCGAUGAAAGAAGCUUCUUAUAGCGGGCCAAAUGGGAAAAGAAAACAGUGCCAGUAGCAAAUCCACGCCAAACAGAAAUUCAAGGUCACUUAGAAUGGAUCGUCAUCCAUUUGAAAGUGCAGCUGCAAGAUCUCAAUCAUUUAGUGCUUCAGCAAUCUCUUGUGUCAAACCACUUACACCACUUCAAAGCCCAGCAGAGUUGGAGAGGAAACAUUCUCAGAUUCGCCGCAAGUCUUCUGGAAUUUUUGGGCCCAAGCCAGCUUUGAAGUGUCCAAGGAUUGCCCAGACAACUAGUGUGUUUAGUAAACUUCAGUCAGCCCUUAGCGAAUAUGCACGACACCUGAAGGAUGCUCUGAACAGCGUGGAACCUAAGAGGAAAAGGAUUGUUGAGCAAAGAAUAAAGUUGAUAGAGUCAAGGAUACAGCAGAUUGAUGAGAUUUUUCAGCUCUACCUCUAUGAAGAGAAGAUGAGAGAAGGUUCACGUAACUUACUGCAUGCCUUGACAUCUCGGGGAUCCAAAGGAGGUCAGGAUAAGUGCAGAGGCAGCAUAAAUGCUUGCACAGAGAAAAUGUGUGCUAUUGAAGAGGAACUUGAAACUAAACUUGGUGUUUUCAGAUUUCAAUUGAAUGCUCUCCAAGCAUUUGGAAGACUAUGCAGUGGUGAUGUAUAUGAUAUACAUAUUAGACAUGGAAGUAAUUUUAAAUGGAAAUCAAGGUGUAAAGUAGAAAGGGAAAGUCAAAAAUGGAUAGAUAAUGAGUUCACAUUGAGACCAUCAAUUACAGAUGAAUUUUCUGUCAGGGUCAUUGAAAUGAAAAAAAUCCAAGCAAAUGUUCAAAUUGGAAAUAUUCAUUUGAGAUCAAGAAAUUACAUAAAAGCUAGACCACAGAUCAUGUCUGUACCUCUGAACAGCACAGGUUCAAUGAAACUUAAAAUGACAGUGGAAUGGAGACCGUUUUCUGGGAAAGAGGAGAAUACAUUACGUUCUAAGCGACAGAGUCUGUUGUCAGAAGUUAUCUUUAUUCAGCCUUCCGAGUGUACAAUACCUUCAUCAGAUUUACCUCGCAGCCCUACCAAACAAAAGAGCCUUACUGAAGUGGAAUACAGUGUUGAGAGAAAUGAGGACAAGCCUUUAUCUGUAGAUGAGGAGGUAGUUGUUGAAGAAGUGACAGAUUCCUCAGAGUUGGUUGCUGCAGGUCUACCCGAAGACGACUUGAAUGGAAUUGCUCCAGAAGAACCUCAAGAAUUCCGUCAUGCCACAUCCUUGGAUAGCGCCUUGCAGCAUCUUAUUCCCACAUUACAGACUAAUAAAGAUCAAUUUCCUGAGCUUGAUGACGUGAUCACGCUUCUUGAAAAACUAGAAGAACUUGUCAAGAAAUGUUCCUUAUUAAGAUCGUCCAUGUCUCUUUCUGUGGAAAGUGCACUAGAGAGCUUUGACUUCUUAGAGCAGGAUGCGGUGGACGAGACAGAAAGCACUCCCCGCAGUACUGGUAGUGGGGGAAGCGGAUAUCAAGAUACUGGUUAUAAUAGCACUGAUGACUAUAGCAAAGACUUUGUGGGCGAGGGUUCGUCUGAUGCUGGUUACAUUGUGGACUUUAUGAUGUCCGAGAAGACCGCUGGAAAUUACGGGGAUAUAAAUGAUAAUAACGGAGUAAAUGGAAUCGAAGACAGUGGAUUACAAAGUGAGCACCUUGAUGCUGAAGAAAACUCUGAUAGAAACUCUUUGAAUGACUCUCCAAGUUGUAUUUCUGAGAUCUUUUCGUCAUCAUCUUCGGCAGUGGAGAAAUCGGAGUGUUUGGACAAGGCUGAGUUAGGUUGCGUUCCACCUAACACCAGUUCUCCUAGGAAACGGAUUGAAGUAGCAACGGAAGUGAAUGAGGAGAGUCCUCAACACAGUAGCCUCAAGACUCGGUCAUCACGGGCCACAAGUCCUAAUCUGUCGUCUUCAUACGGCCACGAAGCUACAGUUGGUAGCAAACUUUUGGACAAGGUCGUCCUUUGUCACUUGCAAUUUUGUGAAGAAGUCUCUGUGCAUCUUGGAUCUUUUGGGCCCAUGAAGUACAAGGAAAUGCAAGCUCUCUCUAAAUUUCGACAACAGAAGGAAGUUCUUAACAGACUCAUCACGUUCAUUUUAUCACCCGACCCUGUCAGUGAGAUGACGCUGUCAGCAAUUAACCCUCGUUUGGCAACAAACCCUGCGUUGUCCUCUCUUUGGGAAAAAACCUGCAAAGGCUCACUAUUGUUUACUACGGCUGGCCAGCUUGUGAGCGGGUUUGAAGACACCUAUAAGAAACAAAUAACACAGAGUUACAACAGAGUGGUAGAGAUAGUCUUUCCAGUUAUUGUAGCUCGUGUUAUCCAUCAAGAUCCUGAUUUGACUGAUGUCCAGCCCGAAGAGGAAGAGCUUGUGAGCGUGUUUCAGUUUGAGCAUUACUUCAUGGACUUGUGGAGGCCCAACUUGUCCAAAUACAUCGACGAGGUGGCUUAUGAACUUGUGAUCUGUAAGCGCCUGCGUUCCACUGAAAAAGAUGCUGUUGUUGCGCAGCUGAAGCAGUACACGGAGAUACCAUUGUCCAAAACCUGUUUUUGUCCUGUGCUCUGCCUCUUGCUAGACAAUGAUUCUUUUGUUGCCCAGGCCGCAGAAUCCUAUCUAUCGCAUUUGAAAAAGAAUGCUGACUUGCGCAGAAAGGCUAUUAGUUUGAGUAUUGAGGCCCUUGAAGAAUCUGAGGAGAAACUACGGGAAGGAGCAUGCGUGGCUCUCACAGUGCUUCAGGCCAGAGAUGCCGUACCCCAGCUGUUGUAUCUAAGCAGAUGUGAUGUACAAUCUGUAAAAUUUGCUGCACGGAAGGCUCUUUCAUUCCUGGGAGAGGAAGGUGAAGAUGCAUUGAGACAAUCUGCCAUGUCAUCAAGUGAAAUAGCAGGACUAAUAUUCUAAACCAGUUGUAUUUACUCGGUCACGUUCCCCGUGAACGUUCGCGGAUAAAAGAAAUGCCAACGGUCUACGGACAGAAGUGAUAUUUUGUCACGGUGUGCCUUGAAGCCCUGUGUGUAGUGGAAAUGUGAAGAUAAAUUACAGAUCCUUUUUUCUUACCUGAAGAUUAACUUAAGCAGAAAGGUAAAUUUUGCUGUUCAAAUUAGCAGUAAGUGUGUUAUUAAGUCAGUGAGUCUCCGAUCUGCGUACGACAUGUAAUUUAGCCUCACAUGGAGUACUCUGAUUACCCUUGUCUCUGAUAUCAAACUAGUUUUGAUGUUACUAUAAGCAGUCUUCUAUAAUUAUUCUGAUGUAUAACCAGCUAUGGUUUUUAAUCUGACAGUCUCGGAGUACGAGAGUUUCUAAGCUGAUAGAUUCUGAGCAUGAAAAAUACAGGGCACUUACGAUUCUGUACUCAGUAUAGAAUCGUAAGUACAUGUAGCAUGAAAUUAUGCGGUAGUGUUAUUCGGGAUUUACUCUCAUUUGCUGGAAAACGAAAUUCCGGUUUGAGAUGAUUGAUAAUAGUGCUGGGAACUAACUUUUUGCGAGUGUUAAGUCCAAGUAGCAAAUCAGUAGCAAGCAAAGAAGCGCAGUAUAUUGAAAUGAUUUCGCGUGUCGAGUAACCAGGUGAUUCGUAGAUGGAUAUUUUGAUUUAGUUCAAAUACGAACUUAUUUUUACGGAUCUUGAGACCUUCAAAAAAUUCAAGGUAUAUGGUAAUAUUUGGCUGGUAUUUAAAACUGUGAUAAUGCAGUUUGUCCGUACAUGUUGUGUGCAAGAUUUAGACAGCAGACUAGAAGUCAAAGUCUAUGUAAGAUUUUACUUACGAUGACAAACUGCUCAUUAAGUUAUUUCUGUAACACUGCUGCGAAGUAGAAUGACGAAAUGCGCGCCAUUGUUCUUGGCAGCAUUGUUGCUCAAAGUUUCAACCGCAGCCAUUUUCCUCUUGAUCUUCAUUGGUAAAGUGUGAAUAAU